GUAAUCUAGAUGGCAUAGAACUUCUCAAAAGUCAAAACUCAAAACCGAAAAUAGACAAAAAUAAUGAGGUUAUGUCAAUGCUCCGUAAAUAACUUCCAAGAAAAGAAUGUUUGUUUUCAACAUAUUUGUUGAAACCAUGAGUAAAAUUCAGUGUUAAAUGGUAGCAAGAGUCUCACUUUGAACGUACUGAUGAGAAUGUAGAAUUAUCUUCAUCUCCAGAAAGUUACCGUUGAAUAUCAAAAUGACGCCUCUUGAAGAUUUCAUGUAUCUAUUGAACUCUGUUCUGCUUGGCGAAGAACCAACCGUGGAAGACUUUAUCCUACUGGUUGGAACAUUAGUAGCGUUUGUGGCAUUUGUGCUAUGGUGCUGCUUCCCGAUUGUACCGAAAGAGGCGAAUGCGCCCCUACAGUAUGACACUCGCAACUACAAGAAACUUGACAACUCCUAUGAAGCCGUGUCAUAGCCACUAACCAACAGUCGGUUCAUUUAUAAAAUUCGUCCCUCUUAAUGAAACUCGGAUCUCAUCUAAAUUUCUAUUUCUUCAGCAGAUUGACAACUUGUAGAAAAUAUUAGCACCAUUAGAUGAUGUUCCCAAUAAGGUAUCAUUCCUUCUAUAUUUAUAUUACUGUUUCAAACAAUGUAACUAACUGUUCAUAUUCCUACUAAUCUAGAAUAGUUACGUACAAGUCUAUUUGAUUGAUUUUGUUGAAUGCUUUGAUUGACAAUUUACUAGUAAUAACUGAGUAUUAUCUGAAAUGAGUAUCAGAAUGUGGAGAUCAGCAGAAUAAUAAUAAUUGUUUCACUACUUUUUCUAUGAAAUUAGAUAUUUUCUACAACUUUAUGUAGCUGAAGCUGAUACAUAUAUUUCAACUUGAAUUCUUUAAAGCAAACGCAAAUAGCAGCAAACAGACAAAGGAAAAUCAAACGUAUGCUUGCAGAUCUGAGCAGACAGACGGAUGUCUGUGUGCGUUACAACAUUUAAACACCUGGGGAGGGAUUUUUCCGUUUUCUGUCUGUUGCUGUGUGCGUUCGCCUUUAGAUCUCAAACUAUCUUCACCUUAUUGGUGUAUUAUAGGAAUGAGUUUGAGAAUAAACAUGGAGUAUUUGUUCUUGUUUUAAAAUUGGAUACUAGAGUACUGUACUGGCAAAAUAUUGAUGUAUCCAAACAUUUGAUUGUCAGUGAAUGAAUUAAGUUCUAAUUUAUAAGAUAUUCUUCAUUUAAUUAAUCAGUUUUAUUGAAAUGAUAAAGUCGAAAGUUCAUGGUUCUCAGUACAACUUGAUAGGUAAUUAUAUUAUUAUUGUCCACUAUACAAGUGCUCUGUUAAAAAGUUAAUGUUGUAUGAUCUUGAGUGCCACUAGAAUCAAUUCGAUGAAAAUUACCAAUGGAUAUAAGAAAUCAAAUCGAAUACAACCCCUUUCUAGGGAAAAUUAACAUGGUAACUUGAAUCAUCUUCACUUCUAAACAAUUAUUCAAAGAAUUAGCUAUUCAAAGAUUAGCUUCUCUAUGGGAGACAAUUAUUGAAUUGAAAAAUCAAUUUUUAUCAAGAAGUAUAUAAAAAAUAAUUUUCUCGUUGAAAGAUCUCUCUUUGGACGAUUAUUAAGUUUACAAAUGAACCUAAAACUUGAAAUAUAAUUCAUAUUUUAUCAAUAGUAGCUUAGGGCCCCAUUAGACCUGCAUAUUUUAUGAUAAGGCUUCCAAUAAUGAGUCAGCUCUUGAUAUGUGAUUGCACAUAUCUGUGGUUAGCUUUCAAAUAAAAAAUGUGACUAUCUGGUGAAAAAUGAAUGAUUUGAGACUUUAUUAUCCUCGUUUCAAAUAGUUCAUUCAUUUUCUUUAAAUAACACAAAUAGCAUUGAAUGCAAAUUAUACAUCAAAUACAGAUACAGUAUAAAUGACAAUUUUUUGAAGGUUCAUCAGUGAAAGGUGUUGAGUAGAAUUUCGUAUUAGGUUUUUUCUAAUACAGAGUUAUUCUAAAUGAUGGACCCGUUUUUAAACAUUCAUAUAUUACUAAAGUACCAAUCCUAAAUGAGCAAUCUUUAUACCAAUGGAAAGAGAAAGUUUCAAAUUUUGUGGCGGUUAGUGAUGGUUCCAUAACUGGCCGGUAGAAUUCUCACAAUAAUAGGCCGCCAUAUCACUGCUGUCGUGCACUCAAUAACACCAGUUACGCUUUCUCGUGUGUGGGUAUGAGUUUGGCUACCGUGUAGAUGUUUGCCGUGCAGCAGCCGGAGGCCACAUUGAACACUUGUAAGGUAUUAAAAAAACCUUUGAAACUUUCUCUUUCCAUUGGUAGAUUGUCCAUUUUGCAUUUUUACUUUAAUAUAUACCAAGUUUUGGAAAUGGGUCCAUCAUUUAGAAUAACUCUGUAUAAGUAUAUGUAAGUCCGCAUAUCUUGAACAAUCUGAUCAAUAACUCAUGGAAUGUUUAUUUCGCUAACCUUUUCGCAAAAUAUGCAGGUCUGAUGGGGCGCCCUUAGAUUUGUGCUGCAGUAUUCGAAAUAUUACAUUUGUAAAAUAGUAUCCAACCAAGUUCAUGUAAUAUUCAAUCUAAAAUGAUCUCUCAAUCCAUCUAGUCAUGUAACAUUAGUUUUGUUUAUUUUUUGAUCAUACAAGACUUGAUUAUUCAUGCAUUUAAUUAUAAAGUAUAUGUUUGUAUGCAUUCAUAUCAUAUUAUUAUUAUUUAACCCCAAUAACUCACCAUCUAUUUUGAACUUGUGCACUUUUGAACACCACUGCGUCAGAGGAUGCGAAUUGAAUACAUCAAUGUUUCCAUUCAACCAAUGCUGACAGUUCAAAGUGAAACUUAGAACGAGUUGAAUUUACUAAUGUAAUGCUUUCUUGGAUGAACGAGUCUCCCCUCAAAGAUUUCGAUUGCAAAAUUUAUGUUCAUCUUGUAAUGCCUUCUUGGAUUACAAGUUGUAAACAAGAUUAAACUUGAUUAAAAAAUGUAAUAAUUAGUCAAAUAAAAUAAUAAUAAAAUUGAA